UAUGACAGCCUUGAUGAUGCUUGCUUUACAAGUUUUGCAGAUCUGAAGCUUUUUGCAGCUGUGGCCACCAGCACUGCCCAUAAAGAAGCAAUUGUAGUAUUCAAGCAUGAGAAGUCAAAUUUGUGUUCCAAUGCUCUGGCCACCAAAUGUGGCAAAAAAUUCUGGAGCAUGAUGACAAUGUUUGCAAAGGUGCUCCAAGCUCAUUCAGGUUCAAACCUCCAGAAGUUGAUAUUUAAUUCCAUAAAAAUAUCUGAUACGGCAUUGAAGGAAAUUGCAUUCGAAUUUAACUCAUCUCCGUACAG